CUCAGCAUCAUGGCCGCCAAUGUUUAAACGUCAAGGAAGCGAACCUUCUGUUCGGUUUUCGCCCUUCUCUUGAUUUAAAAUGGGAUCCUCAAAGAAACACAGAGAAAAAGACAAGGAUAGAGACCGAGAAAAGAGGAGAGACAGGGAACGAAAACACCGUGAACGAGAUAGUAAUAAAGAUCGUGACAAAGACUCGGAUAAAGAAAGGAGGAGAAGGGAAGACAGAGCAAAAGAGAAGCGAAGUCAUCCAGCAGAGGACGAUGAAAGAGUAGAGAAGAAAAAGGUUAAAAGAGAAGAGUAUGAUGACUUAUAUGAGUAUGCUGUGGAGGAAUCGACGCGGGAUGAUCGUAGCAACGGUAUGGUUAAUUUUGACAAGAACUCGUGUUCAAUGUUUAAUAUGCUUUUGGUGAGAAAUAUCUGUGCCGUGGCUAUUCUAGUUACCAAGCUGUUCUUAAGUGUGUUUUCCAAUGUUUUUAUCAGAUAAUGACAUGUCGCGAAACCAUCAAGAAGGUGGAGAAGUAUCACUAAGUAUUGAAGAAACAAAGUAAGCCACAAAAAAUACUGAUGAAUGUGUACAUUUAAGGGCUGACUAUUAGGGACAUUAAUUAUUUUUAACUACUGCAAUUUCAUUAUUGUAUUGCAAUAGGCCACAUGGAUAUUUUGAUAGUAUUGGGAUAGUGGAGGUACUAUUGCAAUAGUAUCACUGUAGUUUCCUGACAUUUCUGUUUUUAAUUAAUGCUUUAUACUUUGUGAAAGGUUUGAACCCAUGUUUGGAAACAUGCUUUAUACUUUAUAACUAAGAAGGGGAGGUCAUACAGUACAGUUACUACAUGUAUGCGGCUCAAGAAUCAAGGCGCUAAAAGCUACAUUCGUGAUCCAGACCCCUUCCAGACCUGAAUUAAUGUAAUUGAACGGACCAAUCUGUUAAUAAUAAGGUCUCACCAUGCACCAAUCAGUAAGGAGCUGUAGCAAUUAUGAGGGUGACGGCAACAAGAACAUCAAAAAAGGAAUAGCUUUAGUCAGGAAAACAACAAACCCACAUGUGCAGUGCAGGCUCAUUUGCCGUCAAUGCACACCUACAAUGUAAAAUUCCCUUAGGUUUUCUCCCUAAAAAUUUAAUGCCAUUGAAAUUUUAUAUACAUGCAUGUGAUAUUUCAAGUGUCUGAGUUAAAUUAAUGGUGACAAUGUUUGAGAACAUGCAAGUCGUUUUUAACAGUGACAUUUUCCCUGCCUGUUGCCAUUGUCAUUGCUAAAGCACCCUGUAGUAGAUCACAGAUUGGCAAAAGAGCCCAAAAUCUUCAAAAUUUUGUAAGAAAAACCCUGCUUGCCCCAUUUAGGGUUGGAGAAUAUUGAUAUUUUUUUAUACAAAAGUAACCUCAUUUCUGUGAUCUAUAGAUUCUGUAGUGUUUAUGUACAGUUGAUUGUUCAAGUAUUUUGUCUUGUUUUGAACUGUAACCAAGUUGUGCGGGCGACUAAAGGAGCCCAUAAUCCUAAUCUCCAGGUUGUUAUUUUACAUGGUUGCAUGUCUGUAGCCAGCAUUCGUUUGGAAUUCCACUAAGAAUGAAUGGAAUACAUAAAACGCAAGUUGGUCAUGGACGUUUUGACCUUCUACCCUCGUAAUCUGAUACCAUGUAUUUUGACCAAAGGUGAAAUUCACUUAAAAGUACAGUGUUGGAGCAAAAGCAUUUGACUGCAUUUGGACCUCCGAUCCCUGUCACCUGCACUCCAUAACCUUUGGUUAUUUAAUACUAGUGCUAUAUAUUCCGGUUCUCUUAAGUUUUACUGUUACUGGGGCAUAGAAUGUCAAUUGUUUCAGUGAGUUUGACAUUGUUACAGUAUUUACUGGUUUGUUGUAUCAACGUGCCACUGUACUGACCAAUUUAUGGUAAUACUUUUCAGUAAAUUAAGAAUCAAACUUGGACUUAAGCCACUUGAAAUCCCUGAUUCAUCAGCAGACACAGAAGGUAAAGUACAUCUCUGCACAAUCUAUGUUACAGGUCAAUUUUGAUUUCAGGUUGAAGUUUUUUAACCUACAGUGUAGGUUGAUUAUCAAUUUCCUUUGUCAGCACAGACGUGAUCUAAUCCUGGCUAUUACUGUCUGCGAAGCAACAAUAAGAUCCUUCAAACCUGAUUGGCAAAUUGACAAUGGCUUUUUGAACAGGCCAAUCAUUGCACCUACUCAAAUCCUGAUACACAGGCAAGGGUCUAGAACAAGGAUUUCAUUCCUGGGCCGAGUUGUUCAAAGCAGGGUUAAGAUAACCCAGGGUUUGUGCAAGAUUUGAAUUCAGUUGUGAAAACUUAAAAAGCAUUUCAGUUUUGAUUCCUUUUGUCUACAAGUUGUUGAUUGGAAGCUUCAAAAAUAACAGAGAAAAUUAUCCGAGAAAAUGCUUUUGAACGCAAGAGAAAGAAACUCGGGUUAAAUUUAAUCCCGGGUUAAGUGCUAAUCGUCCUUUGAACAACUGGGCCCUGGCUUGCAGAUGGACUUAGCCAGAGAUUUAGUUUCAUCUGUGGUGCCGAAUACUAGUAAGGACCAGCUGCAGAUAUUGAGAAUCAACUUACAACCCUGUAGUUAAAGGAAAAUUCAAAGGUCACCUCAAAUCAAAUUUGACCUGUAGCAAAAUACACGAUCUUACAUCUUCAAUUAAUUCUGUCAAUUUUGUUGCAAGUAUAAAGUUAUUAAUAGAACAGAUCCUCUGUAGUGUAGGCUCCUUUUUGCAGACUCAGUUUUGGGUCUGGGGACAUAAUAAUUUAACUCAGAAUUUCUAAGAUUGUGUGAAUGUAUAUUUGAGGUGUUGGUAAAGAUCCGCCUCAGAUACGAUUACGAUUCAGAUAAGAUUAUUAUGGAUUUUCAUACUUGAUUGGCGCCAAUUUUACUGACCCAAAAACGGGUCGGUGCGAAUUGACCAAUCAGAGUAGCUACCAAGGACCCUUGAAACAUGACUUGUGGUUCAAAUUCCAACAUGGGGUCGAUUGCGAGGUGGACUUUAACAGGCCAAACACGACUCAAGCUCGUGAUAGUUUUGCUCUAACGAGGAUAUCUCCCAGCGAUUUUGCUCUUUUGUAUGAAAUGAUGGGAGGCUCGUUGUAUAUUUCUCUCAGUAGUGGUUGCUCUUGAAUUAAGUGCCAUUUGCUCAUAAAAAUUUUUUUAAGGUUCUGCAAAGCAGGGUGGUACGUGGUAACGAAAGGCAGAAUUUGCUUUCGCACUUCAGUGUUUUUUUUUUUAAACCUGACUUCCGUUCGGUAAGUUUAACCUAAAGAAGACCUAAAGAAGGUCCUUAGCAGGAUUUGAACCCAGUACCUUCAGUUUGACCCGACCUCACAUAGCCACUACGCCACUGAGGAUGGUCACAUGAUUUAGUGAAAAAUCUCAAGUUUAAUGCCUUUUCCAUGGAACUUUCGCCGGCAAACAACUGGGGCAAAUGAUCGAGCCAUAAAAACGAAUCGAAGUGAUGGGAUGAAAUUAAGGCUAAUUGAAACCAGGCUACUGACAUUAAAAAACAAUGUAAACGCAUUUCAUGGCAAUGAAAGAACAUAUGCGAUACAAAGCCAACACAACUCCUCCACAAAGUAGGACGCAACACAUUAGCUUAUGUUUUCUUAUCUCGAUUUCCGCUGUUAUUUUAAAAAGGUAAUGCUCAAACUCACAAAGGCUUUUGAAUCGUACUAAUUUGAAAGAUUCCUGCCUGUCUUAAAUUUGGUAAGACCUCUAUCCUAACCGUGCUGUAGCGCACGAUGCACGCUCGCAGCGAGGAAUUUGAUGCUACCGAACUUCGGCGAGCGUAUGCUUCUUUGGAAACGAUAGAUCUUCGCGCUCUCGAGUUCGGACCCGAUUAAUAAUUAUUACAAAAUGCGUCUACUACGAGUGAGUGAGUGACUCAUUUGCAUAUCUCAGUCCCUGCAAUAACUCGUGGUACGCUUGCGCGUACCCACGAUUUAAGAAAUGUGGAAGGUCUAUUGUAGUACCCAUAAGUAUUAAUAUAAAAGUUAAGACCCAUCCAUGUAGGUACAUGUUGAACUUUGAGUAAGGCAAAUUCUCUAAAAUACAACUAAAUUCAUGAUUCCUUCUCUCCCUUUCCCUCCCAUUUUCUCCUGUUGAACCCAGACAUGACUGAGAGAGUUUGCUUACAGGCUACAUGUGUAUGACCACUGAUUCUCCAUGAUGAAUUUUACGCCUGACAUCUUUUGGUUCUGCUUUGUACAGUGUGCAUUUAUUGUGUGGAAUUGUCGAAGAGAACUGAUAAUUACAAGAAGAGUCAAAUUAUUGAUCUUUCCUGCAAAAUUCAUAGUUUAUACAUCUUCAUGUACAUGUUCCCUUUUUGUGUUUCUGCAUAAUGCAAGAAGAACUAGACACAUUCAAGUAAAAUCUAAUUCUGUAUUUUAUGCACUAUGACAAUAAUAUUUAGUUUAAAAGAAAGCUGGAAGAAAUGAGAGAAAAGAGGAGNACAUUAGCUUAUGUUUUCUUAUCUCGAUUUCCGCUGUUAUUUUAAAAAGGUAAUGCUCAAACUCACAAAGGCUUUUGAAUCGUACUAAUUUGAAAGAUUCCUGCCUGUCUUAAAUUUGGUAAGACCUCUAUCCUAACCGUGCUGUAGCGCACGAUGCACGCUCGCAGCGAGGAAUUUGAUGCUACCGAACUUCGGCGAGCGUUUGCUUCUUUGGAAACGAUAGAUCUUCGCGCUCUCGAGUUCAGACCCGAAUAAUUACGAAGUGCGUCUACUACGAGUGAGUGAGUGACUCAUUUGCAUAUCUCAGUCCCUGCAAUAACUCGUGGUACGCUUGCGCGUACCCACGAUUUAAGAAAUGUGGAAGGUCUAUUGUAGUACCCAUAAGUAUUAAUAUAAAAGUUAAGACCCAUCCAUGUAGGUACAUGUUGAACUUUGAGUAAGGCAAAUUCUCUAAAAUACAACUAAAUUCAUGAUUCCUUCUCUCCCUUUCCCUCCCAUUUUCUCCUGUUGAACCCAGACAUGACUGAGAGAGUUUGCUUACAGGCUACAUGUGUAUGACCACUGAUUCUCCAUGAUGAAUUUUACGCCUGACAUCUUUUGGUUCUGCUUUGUACAUUGUGCAUUUAUUGUGUGGAAUUGUCGAAGAGAACUGAUAAUUACAAGAAGAGUCAAAUUAUUGAUCUUUCCUGCAAAAUUCAUAGUUUAUACAUCUUCAUGUACAUGUUCCCUUUUUGUGUUUCUGCAUAAUGCAAGAAGAACUAGACACAUUCAAGUAAAAUCUAAUUCUGUAUUUUUAUGCACUAUGACAAUAAUAUUUAGUUUAAAAGAAAGCUGGAAGAAAUGAGAGAAAAGAGGAGAAUAAACAAGAAACUAGGGUGAGUUUAAUAAUAGGAAUUCAAGAGUAGUUAAAUGUCAAUCUGUUCAAAAAUUACAGGCCCGGGUUGCUCAAAGCAUGGUUAGUGCUAACCAGCGUUAAAUACCAUGGAAACCUGUACAUUUUGAUACCUCUUAACCAACGGUUAGCGCUAACCAGGCUUCGAGCAACCGGCCCCAGGAGAAUAAGUAUGUAUACACAUGUGAUUCUCAUGUACAUGUACAUUACAUGUAGUUGCACAAAAAAUUAUGAUUGUUUGGUCUCCUUUCUCAAUUUCCCUGCUGAUUUUAAGAAAACUUUGUCUUAUUGUUAGAAGCUUUCAUAGUAGAAAGUAUUGACAUUAUUUUAUUGAUCUGUGAAGAGGGAAAAAAGUCCAUUAUUGUUGUGGAGGUGAACCUUUGACUUACUAUUGCACAAUCAAUGCUUUACUGUUUGAUCUGCACACCAAGGUGUUAUAGGUCAAAGCUGAAUUGUAGUUAACUGUUGUCUUUUUCUCCUACAUAGCUCUAAUAAUUUAAUUAUCUGUAAAUUAGGGCUAGGACACAAAGGAAAUUGAUGAUCAACCUUAAUUGAAAAAUUUUAACCUAAAAUAUUAAAUUAUGAGCUAUAAUAUAAAAUAAUUAUGCCCAAGACCAGCUGGAAGUACAAAAAUUAAUGUAGUCCCUGCAAAAUCUCUUCAUUACAGCUGUAGGUGGAACAUGUCCUUGGUUCUUGAUCAAAUACUUGUACAAAAUAGUAAAUUAAAAUCAUUACUACAAUCUAUACUGUCUCUUUUGUCAUUGUUAUUAAAUUUAUCUUGCAAAAAGUUCCAUUAAACUGUGGCUGGUAUCUUUUCUUGUAUAGUAAAGUAAAAAGUCUGGGUGCAGCAGAUAGUGAUGAUGAUGAUUCUGCUGCUUCUUGGGUGGCCAAGAGCAGGAAGAAGGAGAACGAAAAAAGCCUGGCUGAGAAACGAGUAAGUUACCAUCAUAGUUCAUACAAUCUUGAAAAGGUCUUCAAUUUUGAUAGUCGUCUUAAAAAGCCAUUGAAUUUGGUUAAUUCAUUUACAUUUGGCAGAGCUAAACAUAGUGGCAGUGACAGAAUGUAAAUACUUCCCAUUUUCAGAUCCACUGUCAGAUCUUGGUAGUGCUUCUGAUUGGUUGUGCCACAUGGGAAAUUUGCUUCAACCAAUCAGAAGCACUACCCAGAUCUGGGUAGUGACACGUCAUCAGUAUGGAAUUUCUGUGCUCAUUUCUCAGAUGUCAUUUUUCAGGGGAAACAGUGGUGGCGUCAUGAAAUGGUGGCUGUUUUCUCAGGCUAUAGUAAAUACGGUAACCCUCUAUAAGCCUCUCUUUACUUGGUAGAUCAGAGAUUAGACCACUCAGUGUCCGGGAAUUGAUGGGUUUAAUCCCUUGUUGUGCAUGAAUGUAAUAUUGUUAGCUGUCUUCUCUAGUCUAUUGAGCAGUGCUACUCUUUUCAGAGACAAGCAGCAGUAUGCACAUCAUGUUGCAACUUUGCUGAAAUAAAAUUAAUGUAAUAAUAUUAUAAUUCUAUAAGAAUAAUAAUAAUAUCAUUGUGGUCUAUAGCUUCUAUGAGAGCACCCACUAGCCUUGCCCAGGUUUAACAAGACUGUAGGUAAGAAAGGGUUGUUGACUUUUCAACAUAAUUAAAUAAAAUUAUUUUUUCUCUUUUAGGCUAAAUUACUGGCAGAAAUGGAUGAGGAGUUUGGGAUAAGUGACCUGGUAGAGGAGGAAUUUGGAUCUCUUGCUAGGCCAACAAGACAAGUAAGGAUAUUCAGUACAAUAAUAAAUUAUUCUUUAUAAACAACUCACAUUAUUAUUAUUAUCAUCAAAAGUGUAUGUAGAGCGGCAGUUGAGGGCGCACUUGGAAAAAACUUGUCAUACGUGAUUUCUGAUCAAACUGCUCAACUCUCCUUUUAUGAAUCUCAAUGAUGUUUACCUGUCAUGUAUAAAUAAGAGAGAUCAAGAAUUCAUUUAGAGCCUAUUUUCCUUGCACCUUUUGAACAAAUUCAUUGGGCUAGUAAGUUCAAAUAAUUAUCUAUUCAAAUGUUCUUAAAGUAUAGCCUGAAUGAAAAUGCUGACAGCCAUCUUUAACACCUUCAGAAGCCUAUUUAGGGCUACCGACACCUGUGACGUUUUUAGUUUUGAUAAAGAUGGCUGUCAUUCGUCGAAACUGUCAGCAUCAUUAGAAUUUUUCUUUUGGGCUAUGCGUUGAGAACAUUGAAUACAUUUUCUUGCACCUGUAAACCUCAUUAUUUUUGAAAUAUGUACAUGUACGUGUACACAGAAUAUGGUUUGAAAGGUUGCACUACAUCCUGCUGAUUGGGAAAGGACAUCGUGAGACCUAGGGGGAGAUAGUAAAGUCAUCAGAAAGGUGAUUGGUGCUAUGAUAGAAAUGAGAUGGUGAAUUUUAACCCGGGGAAAUACUUGAGAAAGAUGAAAAAUCAUCUUUCUCUUGAUUGGUGCCUUAAAGGUGUCUGCUGUGUAGGAUUAGCUGAAAGUUGCAUGUCUCUGAUUUAACAGAAUUCUAGGGUUACAAGAAGUACGCCUUCUGGAUUCCAUGUCAUUAACACAGCAAACCAUCCCUUGGGAUGGUUUUGCAGCAUCACAAAUGAGCUGUUGAUGGGCUUUAAAUGAAACGAAUGUAUUUGAUCACAUGAAAUUGUAUGAUAUUACACUGUUUGCUCAAGGCUGUGCUCUAAGUAGUAGAGCAACCUGGGCAACCUGCUUUUGGUAACAUAGAAAUCCCUUUUUUUGUACACUUGAUGGGUGCCCUGUGUUCCAAAGGUUCAGAGCUUUUGGCACAAUUUUUUCUUAGUAAGAGUACAGCCUUGAAUUAUCUCUUAUGAUUUACAGAUACAGUGUAAUACUAUUAUUUUUAUUUCUAGGCCUACUCUAGUCGUGAUCUAAGAGGCUUGAAAGUUGAACACUCACAAGAGCAUUUUACGGUGAGUCAAUCAUUUCAGAAGAGGAGGGCCAAAGUUCAUCAAUGGCGUGUUUACGAGUGACAGGUGACAGGUGACAGGUGGCGUGUUUACGAGUGACAGGUUUACGAGUGACAGGUUAUUUUCAGAUUCAUAGUAAGAAGCACAGAGAGUGAAUGCAGAGCCCAAAUACACAUAUAGUGCACUGUUGCUUUUGCCAGAGUGGUACUCCAGAUUUAAAGUAACCAGGAUGCUUAAAAAGUUUUGAGGGGUUUGGAUCCUUUCAUGGAAAGUUUUUUAGGUUUGAAAAUUUAGCAUGGGAUUUUAGGGGUGUUAAUUUGUACGGUUAAAUUGUAGAUCAUAGUUUAUGAGACAGUUAUGUGACCCCAAUUACAUGACUAUUGUACAUGUAUGACUCUUGCUUUGUCAAUACUAGAAAAAAACCAACCUUCUCCUUUUACCAUGCAUGGCCAUGAUGAUACUCUGAAAUGCUAAUGUGAAAUUUUUUUUCAGGAGGGAAGUUCAGUGAUAAUGACUCUAAAAGAUGCCUGUAAGUUGAUGUAUUUAUAUUCUUCAGUACUGUCAAUCGUUAUAACCUUAUAACAUUAAUUUUACCAGUAACAUUAAGAUUUAGAGCAAUAAAACUGAAAAAAUAAAAAAUAAACUAAUGUCCCAAAUUGUAAGAAAAAGUGCCUGUUUUUUAGAAGAGGACAUUAAUUAAAAUAUUUAUUUUUUCUUCUGUCCAUGACCUGGUCAUUUUAGCUGUUCUUGAUGCUGAUGUUGAAGAAACUUUAAUUAAUGUAAAUAUUGUGGACAAAGAAAAGGUAAGAUUUUUUAGGUUCAGAUGGAUCUGCAGGUGACCUGCAUUUGAGGUCAAGUUUGUGCCAUUUUGUACUUUGUAUGAGAGAAAUUGACUUUUUGGGGGCAUUUUCUUUUCUUUCCUCAGGGAAACAAAAACGUAGAGCUUAGAAAAAAGAAGCCUGACUACAGGCCAUAUGAUGAACCAGAUAUGGAUGAAUAUGGCAUGGUAAGAUUUCCAUGAAUUUCCAUCUCUUUAUUAUUAUCAAUCUUUUUUUAUGAUUGUCUUCUAUAUUCCAGCAUUAUUAUCCUUAUCAUCUUCAUCAUUAUUGUCCUUGUCAUCAUUAUCAUCACAACCACCACCACCACCACCACUAUAAUCAUUGUCAUUAUCAUCAUCAGUAGCAGCGCCAUCAGCUUCAUUCUCUCUCAUAUGCAUUUGUAUAAUUUUUGUUAUCACCAUCCUAAUUUUUAUUGUAGUCGUGAUUCAUAAUUACCACCACCUGUUAUCCUGAUCCUGAUUUGUACCGAGUGGUUAUGUGACUGAGACAGAUGAUUCAUUGAUCUCCUGCUUAAACUAAUAGAAUUUCAUAAUAAUAACUAACUAAUAGAAUUCCUGUGUAUUGUUAAGUGAAAAUUGUGGCUCCUGUGUUAUUUGUAGUACUUGAGAAUUUUUAAAAAUAUUUUAAGCAUUUUUCUGUAUAUUGUAGUGGGGAUAACUCCGUAAUCUUUUAACUUUUAAAUUUUUACCUUUUAUAAAUUUUAGAUUUUAGAGAAUUAUAAAUUCACCAUAUGAUACCAUGUAUAAACUCAUUUUACAAUUUUUUUUCGUAUUAUUUUAGUCUCCCCAAUUAGCUUUUAGAAGCUAAAGACGUCGACACUUAAAUAAAGUUAUGUUAUGUUAUAUUGUGCUCACUGUAAGGUCAAAGCAAGAGGAGUUUUAGAUAAAUAUGAUGAAGAAAUCGAAGGAGAACAAAAACAGUCAUUUGUCCUAGGUAAGCAUGCCUUGCUAAAAGUGAACAGGUGCUUUUGAUAAUGUUUGCUAAAUGACUUGUGGUGCAUUGUCCCUGUAGCUCCAUUGUUCACUGUUUAUGUUAGGUUUGUUUUCUCAGAAUUUCUUGCUGUGUCUUCAGAGUGGUUUUCCGUUUUGUGUAGAAUUUACUUGUCUACUUGUAUUCUGUAGAGUGCUCUGAUAAUUAUCGUAUCAACUGAAAGCAUGUUGGUCACUUGUUCAUCAGUUAGAUAAUGCGGAUGCAUCUUAAUAACAUCAGUCAAUUUUGCGUUACAUUUUUUUUACAAAUUAUUGUUCUAUGAGUUAGAACCUGUGCCCUGCUGAAACAUCAUUAGUGAGCCUUACGAUAAUUUCCAAAAAGUGUGGAAACAAUAUGAGGAAAGGGCUUAGUACCAUACUAUUUGUAAAUAAUAUGUGAAACUACGUGACAUGGUGAAGAAAGAAAAAGAAAAAGGGCUAGAGCAAGAGGACUGAUUGUCAGAGAAUGACUCCAAGCCCUUAGCAAAAUCCUAGUAGUCCAUAGGCAUCUUGCAGCUCUCAGUCAUGUGCCAGGAUUUUUAAUUUCUGUCUAGUUCGUCCCCGUGUCACUCAGUCAUCAGAAAAACAUCUACGAUUUUGUGUUAUCUCAUGCAACAAAUGCUGUUGUUUGUAGGUUCGGGAGGAACAUAUGACACAUCAAAAGAAGAUGAAGUAAAAAAGGUACGUCGCUCACAUUCAGUUCAAAGUGUCUUUCCUUCUCCACUUAAGAAAUGAGAGGGAAACUGGGACUAUUUAAUUUUGCAAGGACUUCUGGGACUGUUACCAGGAAGAGUGGAAAACAUUGGCCAAUAGCUGGCCAGCAAGUCCCCAGUGACAAUCCCACAAACAAUAGGGAGUUUUUGGAAUUGAGGACGGCUACUGCAGCGAAAACGUCACUUUUUAAAUGAAUUAGUGUUUUUCAAACUUUAUCGCGUUUAUUCCAAUUCGUUUGAAAAUGUCCAAUGUAGGCAAAUUUCCCUGGAGUUGAUUUCUUGAGGACUGCACUCAAGUUUAAAAAGAGAAAAUUACAUCCUCCCUAAAACGUGAAAUUAGGCAUUUUCACGUUGUAGUCGUGCAGCAACGGCAAAGAAAGGUACAGAAAAGCAAGAUGCAUGUGCAAACUUGUUGUUUUGUUUAAUAAACCUAUUGCUGUUUUGACAUUCUUGUUGCCCUAAAACUCCCUAAUUGCGGGAUGCAUUUCAGCUCCAGUUCCCAUCUUGCUUCUAAAGUGGUGAAAGUAUAACCUGUAAUAUUGCUCUCUUACAUCAACCUGCUGUUUGACUGUGUAAAAAUGGCAACCUUCAUAAUGACUACACGAUCAAUGGUUGUACUUAAUUUCAUAUUUUCCUUUUAGAUACAAGCCAAACUAAAAGCCCAAAUGGUAGGUGCAUAUUAAGCUAUAAAAAUAAUCAUACAGACAUUAUGUACUUCAGCUUUUGCAAAAGCUUCAUUCCUCCGCACUGAAGAACUGGUAAAAAGAAACAGCCUAGCUUGAACACUUCGUAAGUUCUUUUUCGUCUUUGUGUUCAAAUUACAGCGGUGAUCAUAUUGGCGUGAACACCUAAAAUAUGUCUGGAAUGUUUUCUGUGAUGUAACCAAUCACAGACGAGAUCAUCACACCACAGAAACCACAGCCAACGAACGGUUUCCUGUCUGUCAUGGAACAAAUUAUUUUCAUUUCGUUUUAACAUUCAGUCUUUUUACAAGUAAACAAUUGCUUUUCCUUCCUAUUUGUUUACAGUAUUUGCUAUAAUAGCGAAGAAUACAGGUUUGAGCGAUUUUGAAAUAAAUUACAAAGCCGACGUGCCGGGCCUACGCACGUGACGGUUUGGCGAGCGAGUUUUCAAACUUUUUGUAACGAUCGAAAUCGGUAGUUACGCCUGAUCGUAGGUAGUAGAUAGUAGUUCGAAGAUUCAAUCGUUAGUUCACACAAAUCGAAUCCCCUUGUUCUACAAAAAAAUAUUAGCAAGGAUUGUGCUAUCAGAAACGAAAACAUCACGAUUGUUCAGUUUUUAUUGUCUUCAUGUUAUAUGUCGUUACAUGGAAAGUUGGUUGCCGUCGCGUCACGUUGGCUUCUAAAACUUUUCUUUCUAAAAUCGAACGAUGUACUGGAUGCGGUCCUCGGCACUGAUCUUGGGGAACAGCGUUGUUUUAAAUUCCUACUAAGGCAGUUUGUAUCGUUAAACAAAACGAAAAUAAUUUGUUCCGUGACAGAUAGGAAACCGUUCGUUGCCUGUGGUUUCUGUGGUGUGAAGAUCUCACCUGUGAUUGGUUGCAGCACAAUAAACAUUCCAGACAUAUUUUAGGUGUUCACGCCAAUAUAAUCACCGCUGUAACGUAAUCUCUAAUCAACUUUGCCCUUCAAGAUCGAAAUUAACCCUUUCACUUGAAAUGGUGCCCAGUGGAAGAAAAAAUCAAAAGUUUUGCUAAAGAGGGUUCAUUUGAGUGCUAACACCAAAGGAUUUCGCCCAUAGAUUUAAAAGUUAAUGACAAAUUACAUGUGUCUUGCCCUAGCUUGGUACAAAAGCAAAAUAUCUGUAUACUAGAUAAACUCAGUAAAGGAGCUAAACCCAUCAGGACACCUUAGGUGUAGACUGCAAAAUAGCCCAUAUUUUUUCAUUGGUCAAGGAUCUGUGAGUGGUCAAACAAAAGUUCUGAAGCAAGAGUGUAAAUGGAGAGUAAGACUAGGGAAAGAGGCACUUGUGAGGCUUGUACACUUUCCACCUUAAAAAAAAAUUUUAACUUUUAAAUUUUUACCUUUUAUAAAUUUUAGAUUUUAGAGAAUUAUAAAUUCACCAUAUGAUACCAUGUAUAAACUCAUUUUACAAUUUUUUUUCGUAUUAUUUUAGUCUCCCCAAUUAGCUUUUAUGAGCUAAAGACAUCGACACUUAAAUGAAGUUAUGUUAUGUUAUAUUGUGCUCACUGUAAGGUCAAAGCAAGAGGAGUUUUAGAUAAAUAUGAUGAAGAAAUCGAAGGAGAACAAAAACAGUCAUUUGUCCUAGGUAAGCAUGUCUUGCAAAAAGUGAAGAGGUGCUUUUGAUUAUUCUUGCUGAAUGACUUGUGGUGCAUUGUCCCUGUAGCUCCAUUGUUCACUGUCUAUGUUAGGUUUGUUUUCUGAAAAUUUCUUGCUGUGUCUUCAGAGUGGUUUUCCGUUUUCAUCUUGUGUAGAAUUUACUUGUCUACUUGUAUUCUGUAGAGUGCUCUGAUAAUUAUCGUAUCAACUGAAAGCAUGUUGGUCACUUGUUCAUCAGUUAGAUAAUGCAGAUGCAUCUUAAGAAUAUCAGUCAAUUUUGCCUUUAAUUUUUUUUUUUACAAAUUAUUGGUCUAUGAGUUAGAACCUAUGCCCUGCUGAAACAUCAUUAGCGAGCCUUAAGGUAAUUUCCAAAAAAUGUGGAAACAAUAUGAGGAAAGGGCUUAGUAGCAUAUUACUUGUAAAUGAUAUGUGAAACUGUGUGACAUGGUGAAGAGAGAAAAACAAAAAGGGCUAGAGCAAGAGGACUGAUUGUCAGAGAAUGACUCCAAGCCCUUGGCAAAAUCCUAGUAGUCCAUAGGCAUCUUGCAGCUCUCAGUCAUGUGCCAGGAUUAUUAAUUUGGGUCUAGUUUGUCCCCAUGUCACUCAGUGAUCAGAAAAACGUCUGCCAUUUUGUAUUAUCUCAUGCGACAAAUGCUGUUGUUUGUAGGUUCGGGAGGAACAUAUGACACAUCAAAAGAAGAUGAAGUAAAAAAGGUACGCCCUCACAUCCAGUUCAAAGUGUCUUUCCUUCUCCACUUAAGAAAUGAGAGGGAAACUGGGACUAUUUAAUUUUGCAAAGACUUCUGGGACUGUUACCAGGAAGAGUGGAAAACAUUGGCCAAUAGCUGGCCAGCAAGUCCACAAUGACAAUUUACCAGGAAGAGUGGAAAACAUUGGCCAAUAGCUGGCCAGCAAGUCCCCAAUGACAAUCCCGCAAACAAUAGGGAGUUUGGAAUUGAGGACGGCUACUGCAGUGAAAGCGUCACUUUUUAAAUGAAUCAGUGUUUUUCAAACUUUAUCGUGUUUAUUCCAAUUCGCUUGAAAAUGUCUAAUGUAGGCAAAUUUCCCUGGAGUUGAUUUCUUGGGGACUGCACUCAAGUUUAAAAAGAGAAAAUUACAUCCUCCCUAAAAUGUGAAAUUAGGCAAUUUCACGUUGUAGUCGUGCAGCAACGGCAAAGAAAGGUACAAAAAAGCAAGAUGCAUGUGCAAACUUGUUGUUUUGUUUAAUAAACCUAUUGCUGUUUUGACAUUCUUGUUGCCCUAAAACUCCCUAAUAUUGUGGGAUGCAUUUCAGCUCCAGUUCCCAUCUUGCUUGUAAAGUGGUGAAAGUAUAACCUGUAAUAUUGCUCUCUUACAUCAACCUGCUGUUUGACUGUGUAAAAGUGGCAACCUUCAUAAUGACUACACGAUCAAUGGUUGUACUUAAUUUCAUGUUUUCCUUUUAGAUACAAGCCAAACUAAAAGCCCAAAUGGUAGGUGCAUAUUAAGCUAUAAAAAUAAUCAUACAUAAUGUACUUCAGCUUUUGCAAAAGCUUCAUUCCUCCGCACUGAAUAGCCGCUAAAAAGAAUCAGCCUAGCUUGAAGACUUCCUAAGUUCUUUUUACGUCUUUGUGUUCAAAUUAAUGUAAUCUCUAAUCAACUUUGCCCUUCAAGAUCAAAAUUAACCCUUUCACUUGAAAUGGUGCCCAGUGGACGAAAAAAUCAAAAGUUUUGCUAAAGAGGGUUCAUUUGAGUGCUAACACCAAAGGAUUUCGUCCAUAGAUUUAAAAGUUAAUGACAAACUACAUGUGUCUUGCCCUAGUUUGGUACAAAAGCAAAAGAUCUGUAUACUAGAUAAACUCAGUAAAGGAGCUAAACCCAUCAGGACACCUUAGGUGUAGACUGCAAAAUAGCCCAUAUUUUUUCAUUGGUCAAGGACCUGUGAGUGGUCAAACAAAAGUUCUGAAGCAAGAGUGUAAAUGGAGAGUAAGACUAGGGAAAGAGGCACUUGUGAGGCUUGUACACUUUCCACCUUAAAAAAAAACGAUUUUGAGAGUAAAAACCCGACUCUUGUGUAGUCUACCCAAGAUGCUAUAUUGAGGGCUCCAGGAGUAACAUGUGUGUAUAGUCGAACAUGAACUAACGGCCACCUCGGGGAGCAAGGGUGGAGCAGUGGUGAGAGCACUUGCCUCCCACCAAUGUGGCCCGGGUUCAAAUCCUAGUGUUGAUGCCAUAUUUGAGUUGAGGUUGUUGUUGGUUCUCUCCCUUGUUCCGAGAGGUUUUUCUCCAGGCAUUCCGUUUUCCCCUCUCCUCAAAAACCAAUACUUCCAAAUUCCAAUUUGACCAUUAACCAGGUAGACGAAGAACCACGAAGGGGAUGUGCUACCUCUAAAAUCUUUAUUUAUUUAUUUGUUUUUUGCACCCCCCCGCUUUAGAUUUAACCUCUCUAAAAUGGCCAGUUGCCUCUGUCCCAUAGGAAGCCAUUGUAGAAAGGCUUGACUGUGAUUACAUUAAUUUUGUAUUUAACCCACAUACAAAUUCUCCGAACUGAUCUCCAUACAUUUCCUUUAAGAAUUAGUUAAAAGAAUUUGAUAAAAGAUAAAAGCAUUUUUCCUUUGGUGAUCAUUUUAUUAAUUCUCACACCUUCUUCUCUUGAUAACGCAUUCAUAUUGUUAAGAGAAAAUUGAUGUUGGUCACUAUUAGGACUUAAAGGGUUAAGGUGUGCUCGCAUUGCAGUACAGUAGUUUAAAACUCAGGUGCUAAUAAAGGUUGGCAGUGUCAGCUGAUUUUUUAAAGUAACACACAGCUCCUUGAUUAGUGCUGGAAAGAAGUUGCCACCGUUAACCCUUUAAGCCUUAAGAGUGCUCAGCAUCCAAAUUUCUCAUUGUAAUAUCAAUGCUUUGUAAAACAGAGUGGUCAUGAGAAUUACGGACAUGAUCACACGGGAUGAAUUUGCUUGAUAUUUUAUCAACUUCUCCCCACCACUUCUGUAGGAAAUGAAUAGGGGCAACAAAUGAGAAUUUAAAUUAUGAUCUUAGGGUUUAAAGGGUUAAGUCUUCAAAAGAGGCAUUUUCUUAUUCAACUUUAUUGUUGGCAGGUUUCGUUAGAAAUGGCAAAGCCUCAGCUGGCAGCAGAAUACUAUACGCAGGAAGAAAUGGUAACAGAUACUGUAGUGUUACAACAUUAUUAUUCUUAUCGGUAACUAUUCUAUAAUUAUCAUUUGUCUAUUUCAUAAACAUGGCCGUGUACUGGUAGAAUUUUAGCCUUUAUCACAGGCGUAUCUUUGGGCAAUCAGAAAGUACUUGCCCAGGGAGUCUAGAAAUAGCAACCCUAUGGUUGGUGGGAUUGCCCUCCUCCCCGCUCCCUGAGCCUGAUAAAAUAGCUGGCAUUUUGUGACACCACCACUGGUUUCCACUGCAAAAUGACGUCUGAGAAACAAGCGCAGAAAUUCCAUACUGAUGACAGAUCUGGGUUGUGCUUCUGAUUGGUCGUGCCAAGUAGAAAAUUUGCCUCAGCCAAUCAGAAGCACUACCCAGAUCUGGGUAGUGACGUGUCAUCAGUAUGGAAUUUCUGCUCUCAUUCCUCAGACCUCUUUCGCGGGAAAACCAAUGGUGACGUCGUUAAAUGUCAGCUGUUUUCUCAGGCUACCACUCCCUUCACCUUGGCCCAACACCUUGACUACUACAGUCGACUCUCUCUUAAUGGACACCUCUGUAAAAUGGACACUUAGAGUUGGCCCCUGCCUUUGUUUAUUCCCUUUAUUUGACUCUCUAUAAGAUGGACUCCUCUCCAAGACGGACACUUAGUGCUGGUCCCAAAGGUGUCCAUCUUAGAGAGAGUUGACUGUAUAUUUUUUAACAUGGUGUUUAUGCGAGCAAAAGCAUCCGCACACCUGCAGAAAACGCGAAGACCCAGUUUUUCCAAAAGCUGAAUAUCACUAUCCAACAGAUAAUUUACUAUCCAGUGGAUAACCAAUUGUGUAAUUCACUGGCUAGAGAAUGAAUUAUCCAGUGGAUAGCGUUAUCCACCUUUUGAGCAACACGGACCUGUAAUGCAGGCUAGGAGAAUUACCGAGUAUAUUUCUCAGCUCUUAGAUUUGUUUCAAACCCAUAGGUUGGUCUGGAUCCAUGUAGAUCCAAUGUAAUGAAUGGAGAAUGUUGUCAGUGAGCAAAGGUGUUUUGAAAUUCAGCAAAGCCUUCCUGUAACUGUUAAAAGGGUUUCUUAUGUUAGGAAAGUUAACACUUUAUAUUGCCCCACCCUUCCCUCCCUCAGUUUUCCAGCGCUUUUUUUUCUAUCUGAAAACCCAAAAACAAGACUUUGUUAGCUGACAUUAUAUACUUUGGCUAGGUGAAAUUUAAGAAGCCAAAGAAAAGAAGAAAAAUCAAGAAGAGGGAGACCUUGAAGGUAACACUGAGUCUCUGCUAAGGAAAUGUGACUGAAACUCCUUGGAUCUGAGAUGAGUUUGUAGAAGUGUUUCUACUAGGCAACUACACAUACUGUUCAACAAGUUAUUGCCGAUAAGAUCCUGGACAAACAUUUUUUUAGCACGUUCUACCUCCAUUGAACAUAACAUUGAGAUUUCAUAAGACACUGUUGUAUGUUGUGGUAUCCAUGGCUCAAGUUUUACUUUCCUUCGUUGGGGGAUAUGGCAGUGUACUAUAACAAUUUUAAUGGUAUGGCUGAUUCAUGUGUUGGAAGUUUCGAUUUGUAUUUGAUUUUCGGCUGCAUGACCGCUAACUUCAUGUGCUCGAGCUUUUCCACUUUGCAUUCUAGUUCUUUAUGGACUGAUACCAUCUUCUGGUGAAAAAGCUGCAUAGCACCCAGUAUCACUAAGUAUUAUCCCCGCCCCUCCCCCCCCCCCCUUCAAAACGCCUUGAAAUAAAUAAGUCCCCGGGAGGCCCUUUGCAGAAUUUACAGUAGCCUCCGUUUGACGUGUUUAGUCAACCCCAGACACCUCUUGUUCUUAUUUAUUUUGGCGAUCACAAGCGUGUAAUGUUUAUUUGACUCGAGUUUGUCGAGAAAAUGGCGCUACUCAGGUGUCUUAGCGAUGUGACGCCGACCAGUUGCCGACCAUGUUCCGGAUCAUAUGGAAACCAAGCUUAACAACCAUUACUCAGUAACGACUGUAUUCAUUCCACAGGCAGAUGAUCUUGAAGUGUUACCUGGUCAAACAGAUUUACACAGUGAUCGUGGCUCAAGGUAUGGUGGACUGAUAUUAUUCUGGAAGUAGAAGGGGUGUUGGGGUGUUAGAUUGUUCUUAAUGACACUGCUUCUGAGUGGUUAGUGCGAAUGCUAGAUUUCUCUUGCGUAUUUAUACACCCAGGGUUCUAUCGAGGGUAUUUGAGGGGUAGAAGCUCCCCCCCCCCGCCCAAAUAUAUUGCUAUCAUUACAGUGUAUAAGUAACUCUCUCGGAAAAUCAUCCAGACGCGACGAGGUCAGUGCUCAUGAAGUAAGUAUUCCCUGUCUAAUGACACUAUAUGACAAGAAACAAGAUCACGACUAAAAAAUGAAAUGAAAUACCACAGUAACAUUUCACAAAAUUGUGUCUCAAAAUGCACCAGAUUGCAUCUCAGUUGCAUAUUCUUUUAAAAAUUUCCGAGGGGCAUGCCCCCGGAUCCCUCUAGGAAGCUCGUGGCCUUUGGCCACUCGGGACUUCUCCCCCAAACGAUAAAUCCUAGAUAUAGCCCUGACGCAGUCCAGCCCCUCCAAUGUUUUAAUUAACGGAAGGAAAAGGCUUCUUCCCUAUGGAGGCAACGAUUUUUUAGUGCUCAGUCGAAUCUACCCCCUCUGCUUUCAUAAACCAAGAUGGGGGACUAUCAUUGUACAUUGUAUGAGGAGUUCGCUCUCCCACAAAGGCCAAAAACAGGGAUGGUUUUAGGCAUUCAACAGGUGCUGAUGACCAUAUCCUCGUGUUGCAUUUGUAUGUGGUUCUAUUAUUUUACAAGGUGGUAAAAUUAAUACGAAAGGUAAAUUGUCUUUUCUCUACGUUACUAUAUGUAUACAGAGCUGUGAAGUCAAUCCUAAAGAAUGCUCCUAAAAGACGGGAGCAAGAAGAUCAAGAAGACAUGAUGGAACUGGAUCCACUGGAACCAGAGGACGAAGGUUUGAUUUACUCCAUAGUUUCAGUUGUACGGUUAAACAAAGGAAAUUAUUGACGGCCUUAACUUCCUAGACAGCAAGUGGUCUCUCAUUUUCCUCAGAGAUAGUAAAACGUGGGAAAUAUGUCGGCAUGCGUGAAAAUGGCCGCGCGCGAGGAGAGACGAGAUGGUGAGGAAGGAGAGAAAUUUUCACGUGCGCUCGGGUAAUUCGGUCGCUCUACUGUCCAUGUGAAAAAUGAGGGACUGGUCGUAGCCUGAUAACUGCCAAGGUAUCAGUAACGUUUAGGCAACCGCAAUGUGAGAGAGAAUAAAUAAAAAACCAUUGAGAAUGCGUUCCAAUUGAUUCAUUACUUAGUUACUUAGCUUGGUGUCGUUGAUUUCUUUUUUAGAAAUCCUUGCAGCUGAGAAUGACUACGGUGGAAUAAUUGAAGAGGAUGAUGCCCAGCUGGAAUUACAACUGGCAUUAGAAAGGUGAUCUUAUUCGUGUCAUUUAUUGUAAGACGGUGAUAUUAGAAACAUUAGUUUUGAUUUUACAAGUUAUAUACGCGUUAGGGUGCAUCUGAGGCCUAUGGCUGCAUCAUAGCCUGCAAGGCGAGCGAAGCAAGACGCAAGAGAUUGCGUGAAGGAGAGGUGAAGCCCCGUCCGUGCUUGUGUGCAGCUCGCGCGUGACUUAUCGCGAAAUCCCUAAAAGGAGAACUAGCUUGUAGUCUUGCCGCAUCAUUAAGGUGGCCGCAUUAAUGCCGGACAAAUUAAAGUGGGCAUAUGGCGGGGUUCCUUUUAGGUGAUUAUUUUGCGUUUGCAUGUCUGAUGUUAAUAGCGUUAUUAUUUUCUCUAGAUCGCGUCGACUGAAGCAAAAGAAGGCAGCAACUGGCGUUGAAAGGGUGAGUAUUCAAGGUAGAGCAUUAUCUUAGUUAUAAAAACUGCUGAUUUGUUAAAUCAGAUUGUUGGUUACCGGACUUUGGGUCCUGUUGACUCGGGUUCUAGUAAUUCCAGGCAGAACCUCUUUUAUAUACUUCAAGGAGUUCCUACUCCUUGGUUUCAUGUACCUAAAGCCCGAGAAAGGUACCCUCUUUGGGCGGAGCCUCCCCGUAUAGGUCAUCAUAGGGGUAACAAUUAAUGUAUCCAGGGCUGUCACUAAGAUUUCAAGUUGCCGGGUAAAUACUAGCCUGCGUGGCAGGCGUUUGAAAGGGAAGGGAAAGGGAGUUUUAGGCGCGAGACGUGUUUCUCUCGCGCCUAAAAUUCCCUUUCCCUUCCCUUUCAAACGCAGGCUUGGUAAACACAACAAGAAGGCGGCGAAUCAAACAGCUAGGCUUUUCUUUUGGUUCUAUUUUUCUUCCAUUUUCCUAUGAAAGUAGCCGGGGAAAAUCCCCGGCCCCCGGAUCUUAAUGACAGCCCUGUGUGUCUGUGUGGUGUGAUUUCGUAGGUAAUUGAGGCACUUGCCACCGUUAAGAAAGAAAAAGAAGAAGAAGAGACGGAUAAGAAAGGUAAUUAUAGGGCUUCCUCUAAUGAUUUCUCCUUUCCCAGCUGAUCAGUACUUCGAGUUACGGACCUUAUGCCAUUCCCACGCUUGGCUAACUAUCCUGAUUCUCAGCCGUCCAAGGUCGUACGCGGUCCCUUCUGGAAGAGAAGCGAAGGGACAGUGAACGACCACGGACGUCUGAAAAUGAGGCUAUUGGCUAACUGGAUGGUGAAAAAAAGAAAUAACAAGCUUGAAUUUCAAUUUUAUUGUAGACUUCUCCUGUAGCUUAUCUGCUAGAGCAUCUGCCGGACAAGUCUAGUAACCAGAAGUUGAUAUGUUCUCAUCCUUUCAGGAGAACUCAGUGUACUCUUUGACCUCUUUGAGAACUCUGUGAAUCCCUUUGGGAUAACUCUAUGACCCUCAUGACCCUACAAUACUCGUCACAAAUCGUUGAAACAGAAACCAUUUGUCUUGAAUUUUCUCCCAAUUUCUUACAUUCACUCUUCACACCUUUGUUCUCAUUCAAAUGUGUCCCUCUCCUUCCCCAAUGUUGAGCCACGCGUAUUUUGGAGCACUGAGAUGACUGCAAUCCCAAAUCAACAUUGGCAAGGGGAAAAUCACACAAGUGUUUCAAGAUUUGUGACGAGUAUUGUAGCUCCCAGAAUUCUUCGGUUGCUCAGUGGAAGAGCAUGCGUAGUUACAGUUGGACCUCUCCACAAUGGACACCUUAGGGACACAAGAAAGUGGCCGUUAUAAAGAGGUGGCCGUUGUAGAUAGGUUAUAACAACAGUCAAUGUGUGGAUUAUUUGUCCGCUGGGAGAGGUGGUUGUUAGUUGAAUUCCGACUGUAGUCCAGUAACCAGAAUGUCAUAUGGUUCGACUAUCCUGUAGGGAGAAUUCGGAUUUUUGUCCGCGUCGGUGUGUCACUGACUGAAGAAGCAUCAUUUACAAACGUGAAGAGUUUAAAAAAGUAUGAGUGGCUUUUGUUUUGUUUCUUAACUAAUGACUGGAUUGUUGCUUGUGAAUUUUAGAUUCCAUCAUCUUGAACUCCACAUCUGAGUUUUGUCGCACACUGGGUGAAAUACCGACGAUAAGUAAGUACCAUAUUGCACUUAUAUUGUGCUUAUCUCCUACCGAUAACUCUAGCUUUAAAAUAUUAAGGACUGGUAAAAGAAUGCAGGAGGGUGGGCCGGAGAAUUAAGAAAUGUGUUGGAUAAAAAAAAAAACCUGACCCACCCCCUCCUUGCCUGCGAGCAAACUCUCCUUUUGAGGGAGUCGCGAGAAGUCACGCAAGAUCCGCACGCUAAGGGAAACGCGAGUGCGAGGGGUUCUCUCGCGUUUCGCUUCGCCCGAGCUUGUUAGUAUGCUAAGCCCCUCCUUUUGGCACAAAACGACUGGGCCAACUGUCCUCUCCCACAACACGAAGCCAUGCCGAAGAACUUCUGCGUGGGAGGCUAUUCGCACUGAUACUAUAAGUAAAAGUCUUCUUUUAAGGCCCUGGCUCCAGUUGCUUAAACUUUGGAUAGCGCUAUCCACAGGAUAAUCACUAUCCAGCGCAUAGAGUGGUUUUCGUUUGAGUGUCGUAAAACCAAUACCAAAGUAAUUACUCUGGCCAAUCACAUAGGACACAGACAAUACAUUCAACCAAUCAAAACUCGAAGUAAUUACAUGUGGCUGACGCAAAGCGCGGGAAAAUGCAUGCGUGUCACAAUUGGCUUUGGUUUUACUUCUGAUUGGAUGAAAAGGUGGCGCGAAUCUUUUAAGCCAAUCGCAUCGUGUAGAAAGUGCAAAACCAAUUACUUUUCGACACUCAAAUGAAAACCGCUCUAAGUUUUAGACAAACCAAUUGCAUUAUCCACUGGAUAGAGAUUUAUCCGGUGGAUAGCGUUAUCCAACGUUUGAACUACCGGGGCUUGGAAUUGUUUUUUUCUUCGAGUUCUACUGAAGUCCUCGAAGGCUCAUAUUGUACCCUGGAGAUUUAAGUAGCUUUAAAUAUCACGGUAAAACGCAGCACUGAUGGAGAGAGGGGGUUAAAACAAGUGUACCGUCAGCCUCAGGUUUGGUUAAGUCGGACGAUGACUAUUUCGAGCUACCGACGUAAAAAAUUGACUCUUUACCUAUACCUUUUAGCCUGGAAAAUUCCUGGAAUUGUAUUCUCCCUCAGUAAUGCUUGAUCCGUCUAGAUAGCACUGGCUAUACCUGUGGGCAGACUUCCUUGGCUUGCUGGCCUUUUGUAGCACGGUUAUUUAGCAAGCAGGGAUUUUGUUACCUCUGCGUCCUGUGUCCCUGACGCCUAAAAAUCCCCAGGCGCAAAAUAAUUCAUGGCAUGUGUCUCGUAGGCGAUCUGAACAUGUGUAUUUGUUGUAAUGUCCCGUUCGGGUAAUUUCUGUGGCAGUUGUUAUGGCUAUUUUGCUGUUCUUUAAAAUAGAAGGACUAUACUUAAAUUUCAGUAUACUGUAAUACAGAGUUUUGGAGUCUGUCUUCAGAUUAACUGUCUGAUUACAUAAAGGCCAAAACAUUUUCCAUUUCGGACUCGUUUCUUUUUUUUAACUGGGACUCAUUGGUUCCGAACUUGAACUCAUGAUUUUUCUCAAGAUGAGUCCUAGGACUCACCAUAACUAUUUGUAACAAAUUCACGGAGUAAGGUGUAAUUUUGCUUCCUCUUAGGUGCACCUGGUGAACAAGCUGAAGAGGAAGAGGAUGAUACAGAGGUAUGAAAAACUGCCACACUAUAUUAGCCUCCCACGCAAACGUUCUUAGGGGUUCGUCAAGCGUUCCUACCCCACGAGAGGAAUGAUUGCGUGACGAGCCCGUAAGAACGUCUGCGUGGGAGGCUAACACUAUAUAAGAUUUUUAUUAACGAUCAAAAUAUUAAAAGGGUUUUAAUGUAGCGGAAUUCCCCCCUUUUGAGAGUUAUGUCCAGAAAUGCACCCUAAUAAGAUUCAUGCUCGUCAUGACAUACCUCACGAAGUGUCCCCUAGCCCUAAUCUUCGCCCUGGUUGUUCAAAAGUUAAAUAGCGCUAUCCACCGGAUGAAUUGCUUUCCAGCGGAUAAGUCUUGUGGAAAUAAAGUGAUUUAUCCAGUGGAUAGGUUUAUCCAUUCACCUUUUGAACAACUGCGACCUGGCCCGGGUUGCUCGAAGCAUGGUUAGUGCUAACCAGCGUUAAAUACCAUGGAAACCUAUACAUUUUGAUACCUCUUAACCAACGGUUAGCGCUAACCAGGCUUCGAGCAACCGGCCCCUGAACGUUUGCAGUUGUGUCAAACGUGGAUUGAUUUGGAAAUUUUUAAUUCUCGUGAUAAUCAGUGAAGAAUUCGAAGUCCGAGUUAUGUUCUUUUCUAGGCAUUAGUUUCUUUUGAUUUUUUUGUCCCUGAACUAAUAAUGACUCUCUACUCUUCGCUGAAUUUAAAUAGGACCAGUUAUUAUCAGAAGCUGUAAAAGUGAAAAUCUGGAAGGUUUAUAAAUGUUAGUGUACGCAGGAAUCUCUUGCGGAGAUUUGCACGAGUAGAAUUUUUAGAUUUUCGGUUGCAUUUCAGCGAAAAUCAGCAAUAACAAACCAAAAGUCUGUUGCGUAAGAUCCUUAAAACCGACUUCGUAAAAUAUUAGUCCAAACGUUAUGUUGUGGUUCAUUUUUAUCCUUUUUUGAACUCUAUUUUUCUUUUUUGGGGGGUAUGGAAAUGUAUGGUGGAAAAUUUGAAAUAAAGGAGAUAAACUUUAAACCAAGGAUAAAAAUAGAAAGAGUAUUGCCAACUUUUUUCUGAUUAGUAAAAUAUGUUGUUUUACAGUGGCGCAUGGAUGUGGAGAAAGACGAAGAAGCUGAGCCGCAAGGAGGUUGGGAAUGGGUUAAAACUCAAGAGGAAAAGAUCAAGAAAGAACGGGAAAAAGUUUGUUGGUUUUCCUGUACUGCUUAAAUCGAUUACGUUUUCUGUACACACAUCUCGCACGUAAUUAAUAUCCAUUAUCUCGAGCGAUCAUAACGAACGAUCGAACGAUCUCGAACGAUCGAACGAUCAUUGGCUGGAUGGGGAGACUGAUUUUUAGUUAUGCAUUCUGAUGGACUGUCGGGAAGGCAAAAUGUCUCUGAUAGGCGCUUACCAAUUCCCAGAACUUUCUGAACAGACCAGUUCAGUUGUAAAGAGAAUUUCACUGUUAAUAAGGAAUAUCCAGACUAGUCUCUUCAUAAAUUGUAUGCACCGCGGCAUUGAUUGGUCGAGUGAAAAUUUUGGGGAACGACUAAUUAUUUCAUUUUCAAAAUCACCGGUCCUGCCGGCCAAUUUUGAGUUUUGGUAAGCGCCUGAUGAUAUAGGCGGCAAGCAAUCGAUAGAGAACGGUCUUAAGGCUUGUUUCCGUGUUGCCAUGAAAACGAUCGAAAUCUUACGUUAAAGUUAAAACCUGACAAACUUCAUUUCUUAUAUCUAUAUAUAUAUAUAUUGUCCGUGCCAAAUUUGAGCUUUAUACCUGCAACGAAUCUUAAAAUAACACCCCGAUGAAUAGUAGUCAUAGUAACGACUUAAAACCUAUCAAACUGUGUUAAGCCACCUUAAGAGUACCAUUGAAAAAGUAACGAUCAGCACAGUUGUUUAGUGCGCGGCGUUUUGUGCGAAAGGCUCCGAGUUCGAUUUCCAUGUGUAACCCCCAAAUCCUUGUUUCGACUUUUCUCCUUUACAGCUGUUUCGGAUUGCGCGCAACCUGCGGUGUCAAAAACUUCUUUGGAUUUUGGGUUUUUCUGCGACGUUCAAUCAUCUUAGCGGACCUCUUAGAAAACAACUACAAGUUCACUUCAGCGGGUUCAAAAUGAGGGAUUUCGAUCUGUUUUGUGUGUUUCAAGUUUCGCUGCUUUUGAACUUCAGAGUUCGCGUGUUUACAAGUUUUAGCUCUCAAGUUUUUUUACCUUCUUUCCGAAACAUGGCAAGUUUAGAUUCCCAAGGUGAAAUUGUUCCUAUAGAGCUUCCUAAUCCAGCAUGAACACAGAUAUGGGAGGGUGAAAACGAAUCAUACGUGCCCGCCAACAUUUAAUUUUGCUGCUUCUGCUUGUUAUUGCCGCCUUUAUUUGACAAGCAAGGACUGGAUGCUAUGGUAACGGUUUGAUUGACGUCAAAGAAAAACCCAAAAUCCUGAAACGUUUUUGGCAACGCAAGUCGCGUGUUAUCCGAAACAGUUGCAAGUGUAGCUUUAGGAAGCUGUAAAUUCCCGUAAAACGAAGCACUGAUGGUGAGAAGGAGGGGUGCGAUUGGAGGUAAAAUGAGCGCACCGGCGGCCUCAUUUUAUCAGCCUAAUGAGUACUGUUACGAGUUGCCGACAUGAAUUAAGGACCUUCACGUUUGCCUUUCUACCGUAAAUUAAACUUUGGUUUUGGCCAGUUAAACCAAUAAUAACUCUAACUCCUUCUUGCCUUUAUUUGUAUUUAAGGAAACUGAAAGUAGCAUUCUUGAAGCAGAGCCUCUGGUUGGCACAGGAGUGGGAGCUGCCUUGUUUCUUGCAUCUAAAAAAGGUAACUGCAUCGCAAAAAAACUGCCCACCUACCGCUUCCCUGAGCCAACAUUAACACUUACUUUUCACUUAGGGCAAAAUGUUGGCUUAGGGGAGGGGUAGGUGAGCAGUUUCCCAGAAACGUAUAAUGACCCAAAGAUUGUAACAAAGGCUCUUUGCGCUUCCCCGUCUAGAGGCCAUUUUUUUUUUUUUAAAUUUUGAGCCGGCGAAGAAUUUUAACAGCACGGUUUUUUCUACAUUACGAAUAGCCCACGUUCGAUAUAUUAAAAUUCUAACGUGAGUCAGAGGCUCUCUGGUCAUUUUCCUAUAUUUGGUUUGGUUUUCGUUGUGCUCAAGUCUCUUUUGGGAAUUGCGAGACAAUGGAGUCUUGAAAAAUUUGCAAUUUUGACCCUAAAGCCUCGGAGUCAUGUUAGAAUUUUAUUAUAUCGAACGUGGGCGUCUUGUUUGUAAUAUGCUUUUCGACUUUUCAAUCAGGUGAUUUAUUUUUCCUUAACUUCCCCUACUGAAUACGAGUCGAUACUACAGGAAAAAAUGUGUCGUGAUUAGAAGAUGAGCACGCGAUGUCGCACUAAGAAACUAACGCUCUCGUGUUGAAAUUCAUUUAGGUCUAUUGGAACAAACAACUAAAACCAAGAAUGAAGGCAAAGCUCUUCCGUUUCUGCCAUCUGUCGGUGUUGUGGAUGAAGAAAAGAUGCGGUGAGUCUCAGAGCUCCCUUUAAAAUUUGCCUCAGCUUAAACUUUGCACAUUUUUUUUGUCCCAGUGUCAGUUAUUAGUCGUUGAGGUUAGUUGUGGAGGUUGACCACUUAUCAUCGUAAUUAAUAAACACUGAAGACCUCAUUUAUGAGCUACACGCUCUAGAAAAGCAGUCUUUUAGAAUUUUUGCUUGUAGAUUUUCCAUGAAUAAACUAAUCAACUGCAGUCAAUCUGUCGGCCAUUCAGCCAGCAAGUCAGUUAGAGAGUGCGUUAGUCCGUCAAUAACCAAAUUUUUGCGAAUUACUCUUUACUAGAAGAAACGUUUCAUGAAUAUUAACAAAGUUAAAUAUUGGAUGUUUUCUCUUAGUGACUUUUCAAAUGUUUUGAAAUCUUCGAUAAAUUGCCUCUAAGUUCUUAAACUGAAAGUUCUUUUGUACAAUAAACAAAAUGAUACCGGAGACGUUUCUCUGCGCACUCAUCUUUUCAAGUCUGUCUGAUUUUCAUUUUCUUUUUUUUUCUCUUGCAGCGAGGAAGAAAGAGAACGCGGUGGACGACCGCCUAGGUAAAUAUUUUCUUUUUACUAUUCAACUAUAAUAGACCAUUUGACCGAUACGGCAGCCAUAUUGAAUUUAUUAGAUUUAACGAGUAUUAUGGGAUACCCAGGGGCAUGAGCACUAUUCCGAUAUACUGGCUCAGUAUUUACGCGCGCUUUUCUGGCCAAUUGUUCUUUAAGUUUUCCUAGAAAAAGAUUGUAAUGGGAAAAAAAUAUCGUUGUGUCGUGUUUGGAUGUAAUAAUGAUCGCCUUUUUUCCCGAGAAAUAUACGUUGAAGUUCUCUUUUUGCCCGAAAAGCGCGCGUAAAUACUAAGCGAGUGCUCCCUGGGCAUCCCAUAAUACUCCUUAAAUCUAAUAAAUUCAAUAUGGCCGCCGUAUCGGUAAAAAGGUCUAUUAGUGUGUUUUUCGUCCUACGUUCUUACGAGAAGCAAAAAUGAAAGAGAGGUAAACCAUACCUUUUUUUUUCCAGGGAUUUUGACAGGGACCGCGAUAGAGACCGUGACAGAGACAGGUGAGUGGGUCACCUUUUAUUUAACUCCUCAGCUUCCGAAAGUGUUUAAAAAAGGAAACGCCCCAACAUUUGCAAAUUCUAGUCUGUGAGAUCUUGAAUGUGAAAAAACUGCUCAGUAGCUUUCGCCUGAAUGGCAACACUUUAGGAUUUCACUCACACGCUCAGACGUUAGAUCCACCUCACAGGAAAGUACUGCCCAGUAGCUUUCAUUUGAAUGGUCGCGCUUUAGGAUUCCAUUCACAGACUCAAAAGUUGAAACACUCUUUACAGCAUAAUAAACAGUACCACAGGGAAGUACUGCUCAGUAGCUUUCAUUUGAAUGGUCACACUUUAGGAUUUCACCCAUAGGUUCAAAAAAUAUAACUACCUUAUACCGAAUAAUUAACAGUACCACAGGAAAGUAUUUCCUAUUGACUUUCAUCUAAUUGUUCAACGGCACCAAACGACUCCUUCCAAAGACUCAAAAGUUGCCCGUAUCCCGUAUCCUGAUAACCUGAAAUACUGCCGCUUUAGAGGCUUGGCCGUUUCUGGCCAAACUAUCAACAUGAAAAUGUAUGCCUUUGUUAAUGAAGAUAAAUAAAGCCUGGGUAGUGAGACAAACGAAGCCGCACCGGAGACGAUAGUUAAACAUUAUUUACUGACUAUGAUUGGUGAUGAUCCCUGUAUUGCCUUUGUUAGAUACGGUGGUGGAUCCAGGAACAAACAGGAUUACAAGCCUGAUAUAAAACUGGAGUACUAUGAUGACAAUGGCCGCUUCCUUUCACCUAAAGAGGUACUCACAGUUUGUAGUAAGAACUAAGGCACACGCGCGCGGCUUUGGAUACUCUGGCGAACUGGGGAAAACGCGCGUGGGGCUUGGUUGAUUUAAUGAUUGUUGACAAGUGCGUGCGUGUGUUUCUGAUUAGCUUAAGGAAUGGGUGAAAACGCGCGUGGAUUUGUGUUAAAUUUAGCAGAUGGAGGCAAGCGCUCUUGACUUAAGCUUCUGAUCCGUUAGAGAAUCCACGCAUAGGCGAGAUACUCUUUGUGAUUAGUAAAGCGGACGGAGAUAAGCACUCUUGGCUUUGGUUGGCUUAGUGAAUGAACUCAGAUCAGCUGACUUUUGAUUGGUGACUUUGGAAAUUCGGAAUUAAGACGUAGAAGGUAGCGCGUAAUGUUUCGAUGACAAAUGCGUCCUGCACAUAUUUAUCUUUCAGGCUUUCCGUUUCUUGUCCCAUAAGUUCCAUGGAAAAGCGUCCGGCAAGACGAAGACAGAAAAAAGGAAUAAGAAACGGCAAGACGAAGUGGUAAGUGCAUAACAGUAUUAAAUUACAUUAUACCAACAAUGAACGUCAUUGCUUCAACAUUGAAAUUUUUAAGACAUAAACAGCGCCACCACAAAUUAUUUAUUACAGUAAAAAGUUUCAAAACAGUAAAAGCUUUCAAUCUUAAGUCUAAAAUGUAAUUGUUAAAAUUUGUAAAAACGUUAUAAAAAUGCUUUCUUAAAAGGGAAAGUUUUAAGUUUGUUUGAAAAAACGGACACUGAGGAGCUGUUAAUGUCAGACAGCAGAGUAUUCCAGAGUGUGGGGGCUGCCACGGAGAAAGAUCCUGCACCGUAUGUUCUCAAAUUAAAAUGCGGAAUAGACAGGUGUUACUCGAUUCAUAUCGAGUAAGUGAAAGAAAGGCUCUGCUGGCUGGAUGGUCAUGGGUCAGACUGCUGUUAUAAAACCCGAAUUCAAACUAUACAAUUAGUCCGAGACUGAGUCAAUCAGUAAGUCUUUGGGCCUUCUCCAUUUGUCAGAACUGGCCGGCCAGACCGUUCCCAUUGUAAUGAGAAAUUCACUUUUAAUCAAGACUAUCCAGCCAGAUCAGUCAAAUCCUAAGUAGUAUGGAAGGAAGAGAUGUUUUGUUCAGCAAAACCUUUGGAAAAAGCGUUUUUCAUUGUCAAAAUGACAGGUCCGGCCAUAGUCGGAAAGUGCCCUUAAUUCAGCUUGUGUGCUAUCGCUUGCGUUUACAGGCGCUUCAGAAGAUGAACUCAGGAGACACGCCUCUCAACACCACUGCCCUUCUCAUAGAAAAACAGAAAACCGCGCAGUCGCCUUACGUCAUACUUAGUGGAGCAGGACAAACCUUCUCCACAGGGUGGGUGACAAGUUUAUUUGCCGUACUCUAGACUGAUUGUGUUAUCUUCGCAAGGCAAACUUAGCAAUUAAAGAUUAAAAGGCUUAACUUAAAGCAUCUCUAGAGGACCUGUGUUCAUCCACCUGUCUCCUCCCGGGGCAGGGGCGUGGGGGGGCCUCGUUUUUCUCUCAGAGGCGAGCGCGAGUGACUGGUGGCGAAGCGCAAGGGACCAUGGGGAGGAGAAAGAAGAGAGCCGAGCAAAUUUUCAUCGAGAGAGAGACGUCUGAGUACGAGGCAGGUUCAGUCACCAUAAUCAAUUAAAACGCUUUGGUGGGGGGGAGAGAUCAUUACAGUAUUCAGACUAAUGUAUUACUCUACUUAUCAUCAGUACCCUUUGUCAGAAUCUUUCCCAACAAGAGUUGAAUCUCUACUACAUCUGUGCAGUAUGCUUCUGCUUAUGAUUGUCUCGUGUAAAUUAAGCCUUAUUCGGCUUCGACCUAACGAUUCUUCAUCUUUUACAUUUUUUUCAGGACGACAAUCUCGAAAAGGAAGUAACAAUCUGUUCCUCGAUACUCAUUCUGUGUAUUGCAAUACAGAUGAAAGAUAAAACAGUACCUGUUAUCUUGCUAUAAAUCUCUACAUUUUAAUUAACUAGACUUAACAUUAUUAAUGAACGUAUGUAAAAUUGCCCUAUGCUUUUUUUAUUAAAGUGGAUUUGUUACUUAACACGGUAACGUUACACAGAACAAGUAGUGUGACGAGUAUUGUACUCUUAAUGGCUUUGCAAAUACAGUAGCAAGACCAAGCACGUAUUUUGAUUGCCUUAAAAGACUGAGCGCACGCGAGAAAGUGCUCGCCUUGAACGGGUCCUUUGUGUCACACUGUCUAAACCUUUGUGAUGUUCAUUAACGUAAAUUGUUGCUGCAGUUUGUUUUAGUUUAUUGUGCUCUACUUUUCCACUGAUUCUUAGAAAAUUUAGGAAGUGGCAAAAUUGAAAUUCAGAACUAAAACUUAUAAUGGCUUGAAAAACUGAACAGUCGACGUUGUGGCGCCGCAAAACGUCAGUCUGUUUUCCCAGGCUACUGUGAAAAUAACGCUGUUUUUAUUUUUAGAAAUUCUGAAAAACAAAUAUGACCACACGUUAGUUCUAACAACCGUUUCAUAUGGUUGACACUUUUCGGCACACAUUUCUUUGACGUCCACUUCACGACCACGACGACAAACUACCUAAUUUGACGUUUUAUUGAGGACGUGGACACACAACGACGAAUUUUUCUUUUUCUUCCUAAACUUGUAUAUUCUUAAGAAUUCAAGUCAGGAAAGUUAGCUCACCUGGAAAUGAGAGAGGCUAAAUUAAGGCCGAAGAAUUUGAAAGAACGCAAUUUUGUUUAUUUAGAUGACGUUUUCACGGCCGUCUUUGUCGGGGUAGCUUGAGCUCCUUAAUAAACAGCACCUCGAGGAAGAACUUCUGCAAUAAUGUUCAACUGAAAACAGCCCAAAACGAGGACAUCUGUUGACCAGUAGUUUCCUGUUUUGCUGUUUAUUAUGCCGUUAACUUGCAAGCAUUGGUUUCCUCUGUUCACGACGAGCAAGAUUCGGAAACCGCGGGCGGUUAACAUUGACCAAAAAAUUCAGGAAAUUCGAUGGAAAUGAGAAGACCUAUAUAUUAAAACGCGAACUUUUGUUAAACGUGGUUUUGAAUUUUAGUUUUUUACAAAGAAAUAAUAGACCAUGUAUUGUAUUUUUUUUCUUUAUUCCAAACAGAGUUUUAAAGGAGGGUUGUGGUGUUUUUUGUCGCAAAAUGGAACAGUUUAACAAAAAAUGUAGCAUUAACGCGAAAUGUCAGGGGCACCCAACGUCAAUUUUCGGAAAAUAUCCGUUCGGAAGACGAUUUGAGAUCUAGAAUUUUCGGAACAUUUGUUGUAAAAUUUCUUACUUUCCUGCCUCUGCUAGGAUUUUCGAACAUCUAAAAAAAAAAAUGGUAUAAUUGCCCAUUUUAACGGAUUUUUCCCUAAAAAGGUCACCUAGAAUUUUCGGGAGCCUUUUUUUUUGGCGGAAAUUUUCGAAAAGGUAAGUUUUAAUCCUAUAAAUUUGGAUCACUAGACUUUCAGCUAGGAAAUUUAGGAAAUUUAGGAAAUUUCAGCUAGGAAAUCCGAACAGAUGAAAAAUGUUAAGGGGAUAAAAAUAUGCCUAUAUCUACCGUUUUAAUACUAAAAUACGUUCAACAAUGCUAUGUUUAAGUGAUUUUAAACUAUAUUCUCGUUUGGUGCCCCUGAAAAGACGCAAACCAGUGGCGGAUCCAGGGUAGGGGCCAGGGGGGCUAGCCCCCCCCUCCCCCGCUUAUUUUUAGACCAAACUGAGGCCCAAAGGGCCCAAAAACCUUUUUUUGAGACCCCACCCCCCCUCCUUAUCUAUGGGUCUGGAUCCGGCACUGCAAACUGUAACAUUAACUCGAAUUUGAACAACCUAACGUGAAAAUAUCACCUUUGGUAUGGCUACAUAAUAAAUCGCGCCUUUUUAAAGUGAAAAGGUUUGGUAUUUCAUUGGUGUUUAUAUAAUAAAUAGAACAUUACAUGGGCGCGUGGAGAUACGAAGUUUCUCUUCGAGUAUUGAAAAAUAUUUCAUGAGUGAGCGCAGCGAACGAGUGAAAUAUUUUUAUUCUUUUGCAGAUGAAGAGAAACCAGUUUUGCUUUAUAGCUUGCUUUUUAGAAAUAACACAAGACCCUCCGUAUCAGAGUCUUUAGACGUAAGGUAGGCAUUCUACAUUCUUGGAGAAAACGAAACGCAAAAGCCUUAUAAACUUAGGGAUGUAGCCACGGGAAGGCGAAAACUCGUGCUAUUUUCCCAUUCUUGAUUUGUGCGGGGAAGAGUGCCUUAAUUCCACAUCUAUCUAGGAAGAUAUGGGCAACAAAGUCUGAAAGAAAUUGGAACUUACUGAAGUUUAGUAAGAUAUGGACGUUGCCUUUUUCCCUAUUAUGCGUCAAACAACGAUCAUUUCCACCGAUUGUAUUUCAACGUCUUAUUCUCAUUAAGGGUUCCAAGAAAGGAAACGGAAAACUUUCAGAAUUUCUGAUCCCCACAAAAAAACUCCAAGUAAUAGUCAGAAAUUCUUACCCCCAUAAAGUACUCUAAGCAACAUUGACAAAUUUUGACCGCCCACUGAGACUUAAACUCCGAUCCAAAAGAUCAUUCAAAAUUCUUACCCCCUUAAAGAUAGACGGAGCUCCAAAAAACUUUUAGAAAUUGUGAUUCCCACAAACAACCCCUAACAACAUUCAAAAAUUCUAAUACUUAAAAACUACAGAAAUUGAUUCCCACGAAGAACUUCGAAAAAAGUUCAGAAAAUCUUAUCCCUAUCGAGGAUUUACACAAACGUUCAAGAAUUCUCACUACCAUAAAACCCCCCCAAAAAAACAUUCAGAAUUUCUGAUCCCAGACCUCCACACAUCAUUCAGAAAUUCAAAUCUCCACGAGGAAUUCCAAAAGACAAUCAGAAGUUUUGAUCCCCACAAAGGACUCUAAGACUGAAAGCGUGCAGAAAUUCUGAUCCCCACAAAGAACUCCAAAAAGACAAGUCAGAAAUUCUUACCCCCAGAAAGAACUCAAAAAAAAAACAUUCAGCAUUCAGAGAGUCUGAUUCUCACAAACAACUCCAAAAAACGUUCAGAAAUUCUUAUUAUUCUCCAUAAAUAACUCUUGAAACCUUCCGGCGUCCUCAGGCCCCAUAAAGAACUCCUUAAAACAUUAUAAAAUACUGAUUCCCCAAACAGAAUUCCAGAACGUACCAUUUAGAAAUGUCAAAUCCCCACAAAGAACUCCAAAAGACAAGCAGAACAUUUGAUCCCCAUUAAGCACUUUCAAACUGAAAACGUGCAGAUAUUUUGAUCCCCACAAGGAACUCACAAACUGAAGACAAUCAGAAAUUGUUACCCCCAGAAAGAACUCCAAAUUGAUACUGACAUUCAGAAAUUCAAAUGCCUACAAAUUGAACUCCAAAAACGUCCAGAAAUUCUGAUCCCCGCAAAGAGCUCCAAAAGACGUCCAGAAAUUCUGAUCCCCGCAAAGAGCUCCAAAAGACGUCCAGAAAUUCUGAUCUCCAUAAUAAAAUGACUUAGAAAUCAUUCAGAAAUUCUCGCUCCCAUAAAGAACUGCAAAUAAACGUUCAGAAAUUCUGAUCAAAAGUCAGUGAAGUGUGAUUGUUUGAUGCAUGACCUCAAAUAUCACAAUUCCGUUCAAAUUUACCUAGUUUAUUACCAGUUUUUGCAAAGCUAAUAAUAAGCAACUUAGCAUGUGAACUAUGAUCAUGCGUUCAUUUCCUUGGGCGCGAAAAAGCUCAGGAAGAAACGCCGUGUUACGCUCGGAGGAGGGGGGGUGGCUAUACUCAAAAAUAGGUUUUAUAGGGGGAGGCUCAGCCCCAAGGUUUAACCCCUUAUCCUUUUAUACCAUCAUUUUUGACAGAAAGGUACCCCUUCGUAUACCUUUUAAUGACAAAUGGUACCCCUUUCACAUACCUACCUAGUUUAGAACUUUGCAUCCCUUUUAACUGCUGUAAAUACACCGUCUUUGAAGUAUGAAUAAAUCACCAAACCAGAACGUUUUCCGGACUUUUACACAGCUAUUAACGCAUCUGUUAGCCCGGUCUUUGGGGCCUUUUUACAGACCGAAUUGACAGAUUUCCCAAUCCUUUCAUCUACUUCAAAUAGUGGAAUACCCUUUCAUAAACCUUCAGCCUGAAACAGGCACCCCUCUCGAGCGGAGCCUCCCCGUAUAGGCUAAUAUAGGGAAUACCCCCCGGGUGUGUUACUGAGCGUCUGUAUGUAGCUUUGUUCCUGACACAUGACACUUUAUCCCACCGACAGCUUUUAAUGACAAUUUCAGUGCUUUUAACUUUUAACAAAUGCAAUUGAUGUUUAUCGGUUUUCUUCAGUGAAUUGUCCACUACAAACAUGUAAUUUGUACCGUACUGGGAAAAAAAAUUUAAUUCGAUAUUCAUCAAUCAAUUAAUACAUUUUUUUUCUCCACACCUCUCUCUGCUCACAUUGAGUGUGCUUUGUUUUCUUUUGACGCGGUGGAAAAAAAAAUUUUUUGGCAAUACCGCAGAGCAGGCAAUUGGGGAUAACCCUGAAUUGGAAGCAAUCAUCGAUUAUUGUACAAAACGUGCUUCAUCCUUCAUCCCAAUUUUACCCUAAUUUAUUUCUGCUCGCUUCUCUGUGUGUGCUUUAUUCAUUUCUAUUUUAAUUUCUUUGCUGGGUGUAACCGUAUCGUGACCACAAAAAUAUGUGAAAGGUCAGUGAAAUACGAACUGGCGUUUGGGACAGGCCAUCAAAUGAUGAAACCGGAUACACAAAUUUUGCAGUGACCGGUAAAUUUUGAAUGAGUUAAAAACAGUUGCACACUCGAGAGAGUUUACAAGCACAACAAGGCAGAGCGAAGCGUGGCUGUCUACAAAAUACAAUCAACCAAGGUUGUGGCACAAACAGAUUGUACUAUUUGGCGAAGGGAAUAUUUGGAAAACUCCUUUUCGUUCAGAUAAACAACUAAUUGGACACAAAUUCAGUGUGUUUCCACAGUUGCUGUGUGUGUCCGUUGGAGAUUUCAGCGAGUGAGUAGAUUAUUGCAUGAUUUAAACUAUGUUAACGCCUCUCAAUAUUUUAUAGCUUUUUAAAAUGGUUAGAAUAGACUGACAACAGUAGUUUAGAAUGGCGAUGGCCGGCUUUAAAAUGAGUUGUACAGGUUCAGGGCAUUGAUAUAUACAGUAAAUCAGCAUUUCGAAAUACUUGCUGUCGUUGACAAUAUUUAAAGUUUGAAAAAGCUGAAAUUAAAGAUAGAUGGCUGGGUCUAAUGACAUCAAACGCAUCGCAUUAACGUUUCCAUAGAGUAUUAAACUAGAACAUUACAAAUCUGAUGUGUAUUGAAAAUACUGCCAAUUGUGCACUCGCGAGGAACUCGCGCGAGAGGGGUAAGUUCUUCUCUUAGAUAUUUUCCAUUAGAUAGGUCGACUACUGUACACCGGUAGGUUUAAGUUUAAGUAUUGGUAGGCCUUUAUCUCUCCAUAAGGGUAAGUUGAACAGGGUGUUACCUUAGUGCGCACGAAAAACUCUUCGGCCCCCGCGUGUCUCGCGCGUUCGCGCGAUUAACAAGGUACGCAGCUCAUAUCCUUUUUACAGAUUAACUCUAAGGUACGUGUUCUUGGUUUAGAACCAACACACAGUAAGUGUCUUUCGCUUUUCUUACAAUUAAUACGUAAUAACUAAAUUAAUAAGCGAUCUUGUCGCGAUGGCGCUAGCAAAACUAAAAGGACCAUUUUCAUAGACUGAAAGAGGUAUUCAGGUAUAUGUAUAUCUGAAGCUUUAUAGGUAAACGCUGCUCUUAAGGGUUUGGUUUUCAAGGAACUAUAAACUAGACUAGACAGGAAAAGGUAUUAAUAUUAACUAGAGAACAUAUCAGCGUUUGGACUGGAUAAAGAAAUGGAACCGGACUCUGCGGUUGGCCUACAAUCUUGUAUUUAAACCAAGGACUGAGAGGCUAGGAUUUGUCGAAGGGGGUUUUCGAUGUGACAAAAAAACUGUGACCGUGCUGGGUCUUUGGUGAAGUAAAACGCAAAAUUGGCUAUAUCAACUAAUCAACUUUUAUUGGUUAAACGAAACUUUUACGAUUUGUCGGUGCUAGUUGCACAAUUAGCCCAAUUUUUUUUAAACGGGUGCGAUUUUUAGACCGAAUUUUAACUUGGUCACUUCCACUAGAUAGCAUUAAAGAUACAGCGAAGAUAAACCUUAGGAAAACUGUAGUAGUGUGUAUAUGUUGAGACCAUGAGGUCUCGCUGAAUGAAUCGUAUCGUCGUGUAUAAAACCGGCAACCGUCGUCAUCCGGCUUUCAUGAGUGUAAAGCUUAAGAUUUGCUAUAAUCGUCAUCAGCAUUGAAUGAGACAGAACCAGGGUAAACUCUGAUCAGUUUAGUGCCUAAGGUUGCAUUAGUUUUUCCCACAUAGGUGAGAUACCCUGUUUUUUUUUUUUCUGGGGCGUUUUUGAAGGUAUUUCACACCUUUGAACACGUUUUCCCUUUAAGAGUCGCAUCAGUUUAUCACACCAUCGUUAUCAGACAAACAACAACUUCCCGCUUCUGCUAACGUAGGGAAAACUGUUUCUCUUUUUCUCUUCAGCUACAAAUGGCAAAGAAUGCAAAAAUGUUUUUGAUCGCGUGUAUGGUUGUCGCGUGUUUUCUGUCUGCCUCUUCGACGAACCCCAUGCAGCAAGCUCUAAACAGCGUCCAUUGUGUGGUAAGGGGCUACACGUUCACAGUUCAGGUAUUGGUUCUUCACUGCCUUUGUUAAUGAGUUAUUCAUGUACUUUAAUUCAGCGUAAAUGCGUGCUCAUGUUGCCUUUCGUUUGCUUUCUUGAAGCAGUUCUCGUUUCCCGUUUAGAAAUUCUGUCGAGCCAGAAGCCGUUCAUGGCAACGCAUUGUGGUAUUGAUAAUCCUUUCACUGUCAACAAAAGUUCUCAAACUCAUUAAUAAUUCAUUAAGAAAAUACAAAGGAAAUUAAUGUUUAAUGAGUGUUUGGAAAUCGGAUGAAACACUGCUUAGUGUUUGCAUCCUUAAUUUCUCCUUCAAAAAUGAUUUUGUUUGAGAAGAAAUAUCAAACAUUCGACACAGUGUUUCAUCACCAGAUGAAACACCUCGAAGUUCGUCAAAAAUACUCCGCUGCGCGUCGUAUUUUCAACUCUCUUCUCGGUGUUUCAUGUAAUAUAUCAAACAUGAGAUGCAGUGUUUCAUCACCAGAUGAAACACCGAGAAGAGAGUUGAAAAUACGACGCGCAGCGGAGUAUUUUUGACGAACUUCGAGGUGUUUCAUCUGGUGAUGAAACACUGUGUCGAAUGUUUGAUAUUUCUUCUCAAACAAAAUCAUUUUUGAAGGAGAAAUUAAGGAUGCAAAUACUAAGCAGUGUUUCAUCCGAUUUCCAAACACUCAUUAAACAUUAAUUUCCUUUGCAUUUUCUUAAUGAAUUAUUAAUGAGUUGGAGAACUGGUGAUGAAACACUGCAUCUCAUGUUUGAUAUAUUACUUCAAGUAGUGUCAGCACCAAUAUUAGCUAGAUUUAGAAUCACAUUUCAGUAAGGCAAACGUUAGUUCAAGUUGACGAUUUCUCAAUACAGAAAAUGAGCAGAUGAAAACUGUGCCGAACUAAUUCUUAUGUGGAUUAAACUGGCGUGGUCGUGAAACAUCUAAUUUUUGUUGAAGCUGUAAUGAACAGUGUGAAACGACAGAUAAAUGGAAACUUGGUCGCGUGGUACAAAUCGAUGUUUGCCGUUUUUUAAAUAUUCUAUUAUCUUCUAAAAUCUGACUAAAAAACCAAUAGCAUCACGAAAAGUACUGCUGAAGCCGUUUCAAAUGAAAAGUCACACCUUAACGUUGUCUACGGACUCCAGACAGGUCUACAUGACUGCUAAACAAUAGCCCGAAGGAAUGUCUGCGUGUAUUAAUAUACUGAGAAGCUAUGAUUCCAGGAUUCUUUAAAAUCUGCUCACUACACAUUCCCAGAAUCCUUAUUAACCAGGCCCCAGUUGUUCCUAAGGUGGAUAGCGCUAUCCAUCGGAUAAAUCACUAUCCAGUGGAUAUGUACUAGAGACACUAAUUGCGCUAUCCACUGCUGGAUAGAGAUUUAGCUGGUGGAUUGUGCUAUCCACCUUUUGAACUGGAGCCAGACCGGCUUUCCAUAUACAAUAGUCCUUUAUAUCAUGUUGUUAAACAAAACCCGUCACUAAUGAUAAUUAAUUCAAAAAACAUCGGGAAAAGUUUAAAAACGCUGCAGAAAUUGUGUCCCUUCCACACUGAUUCAGUUUAAUUUGAGAACGCAUCUUUUUCUCUUCAGUUUUGACCAACGACGGAUACAAUUUUUUUAUAUAUAUACUUAUCCGGAAAAUUUCAUCUGGAAAGGCAAAGCUGGUAAAAAAAAUACAGAUUAGCGUUCGGAAAAGUCCCGAUUUCUCUAGUCACAAUUUAAGUCUGACAUGUAUUUGAAAUCGUGCUUGAAAAAUCGCGAAUCUCUUGGGCCUUUCUGAUUUUUCUUCACCACCUGCUGUAUACUCCAUGCUUUUGAAAUGAAAAUGUUCUUAAUCUCUUUUUUUUUCUUGGUUUCCUGUUAGGUCGUAGGAUGUCAGCAGCGCUCAGUCACAGUCAAUACCUGUCUAGGGACCUGCCUGUCAUUUUCGACGCCAUCAGGUUUAACCGGAACCAAAUAUCAUCAAGUGAAAUCGUGCACAUGUUGCCAGCCUAUAAGAACCGAGAAAGUGGACGUGGGGCUCUGGUGCCAAGACAACGCCGAUCCCUCCAAAAUGGUGCCGUAUUAUCAUCCCAUCGAGACUGUUACCGAGUGCGCAUGCGCGUCUUGUUGA